AUGACUGCUGCACUAACGAUGCUGAUGAUGGACUUCAUGGAAGACAAGUUCGGCCUGAAGAACCAGAGCAUGAAGGCCGCGGACUACUUCCUGGAACCGACGAUCGAAAGCCUGGACGGCGGCAUGUACUUCGCCAAGUCUCCUUCCAAAUGCACGCAGGCCUUCGGCGAACACCGCGCCUCAUCUCGCUCGGAACAGCACGCCGGUUAUGGCACGGCCAAAGCGGAGGAGAUGGCCGGCUCUGCGGCGUCAUGUUGCCGCGGCGACGAGGUGGAUGAGGCGGCGGCAGACAAGGGGGACGACAAGGUGACGAGUAGCAAGAAGCGGCGCCACCGGACCACUUUUAGCAGCGCGCAGCUGGACGAGCUGGAGAAGGUCUUCCAAAAGACGCACUACCCGGACGUGUACGUGCGCGAGCAGCUGGCCACAAGGACCGAACUGACCGAGGCCAGGGUGCAGGUAUGGUUCCAGAAUAGAAGAGCCAAGUGGAGAAAGCGGGAACGAUAUGGACAAAUUCAGCAAGCUAAAAGUCACUUUGCCUACACCUACGACUUAUCUGUGCUGCCUCGAACUGACAGCUAUGCGCAGAUUCCCAACAACUUGUGGUCGGGCCCCCCUUCUGUGGCGAGUUCUGUGGUGUCACCCUGCAUGCUGCCUCGGGGCUCGCCCCCCUGCGUGGCCUCCUACUCCCCGCGAUCGGCUUCCUCCGCCGCCGGGGACCACGGCCAUGGCUACUUCCCCAACCAGCAGAACCAGUUUGGACACGUAUCGCUCAACAAUUUCUGCGGCGACCCGCUUCUCUCUCCGGCCGCCAAUGGCCAUCACGCCUUCGAGACCAAGCCUGAGUUUGAGAGGCGUUCAUCCAGCAUUGCUGUGCUUCGCAUGAAGGCCAAGGAGCACGCAGCCAAUAUCUCCUGGGCCAUGUGA